GUGGAGUCGGACAUCCUGCGCCGGGUCCGGACGCUGCUGCGAGAGCUGGACGGGCACCACCCGGCCUGCCAGUGUGACCGAGGGAUGCUGCGAUGGACCCUGCAUAAAAAAAUCGACCAGAAUCCCAGUAACAGCUCUGUCCUGGUCAGGAUCCUGGUGAAGGAGCUGGAAAGGGCAGAGCGGGGUGACUUCAGGCAUUACAUCAUCCCCUUGCUGCACACCCUGAUGUACACCUUGAUCAAGGCUCCCUGCAUCUCUGAGGAGCUCUGUGGCAGAGUCUACGACUUCUGCAAGAAGCUGCUGACCCUGCCCAAGCCUUUCUGCACCAUUGGGCUGGACUAUGCCACCAGGCUGAAGGUGGAGAGGACAGCACCAGGUACCUUGUACCAAAGAAUGGUCAUUUCUGAACAAAGCCUCAAAAGCGAUCCAUACCCUUACCAGGAAAAGAUUUUCAUCUUUGCUGACCCCGAGCUGCUCUCUGAAGCCAUCUGCAACGCUCUGCUCACCGACACAGAGGCAGCUCAGGUGUCCCAGAGCCCCCGGGCGUGCAUGUGCUGCGUGAUCAGCCACGCCAUGCAGGCGGCCCUGGGCGAGGGCUGCGACCUCGGCGCCCUGAAGGGCAGACUCCAGGAUAUGCCCAUGAGCGAGGUGGAGCACUGGUUCCAGCAGGUGGUGGUGGCAGUGGAGUGUGCAGGAAGCGAGGGGAGCACAGCCCGUGGCCAGCACACAGCCAGGCUGGAGGAGAUCUACCGGGCCCUCCUCAGCUCCUCGCAAGCAGGCAAUGCUCCCCUGGGAGGGCUGCAGGACACACCUCUGCCCAACCCCACCAUCAGCUUUCACCUCUGGACAGAAGACAACCAGCUCUGGAAGGAAUUGGUGCUGUUCAUCCGCCCGCUCUCACAGAGCUGCGAGCCCGACUGCCUCGGCCAGGACCUGGACAACUUCGAGAUCCAGGACAACAUCUCAGACUGUGAAUGCUGUGAGCAGACCCGCUUCUCUGUCCUCUCCACCGACAGUGGGAUUGAACGAGACCUGCCCGUGGCUGUGGAGGAGCCCUUGGCCCCUUGCGGCGCCGAAACGGAGCAAUCCCGGCUGCACAGGAGGGGCGGCAUUAAAAAAAAGCCAUCACCACUGGAGAGUGUGGCCUUCCUGCAGGCUGGCUGCAGCAGUCCCGGGGUGAAGCCCCCAGUGAAGCUGCAGAAGAGAUCAGGAGUCCCCCAGGAUGCUGCAGCCCCGCUCCAGAGGCUGCACACUGCCCGCAUCGUGCUGCUGGGGGAUGACCGCAUCCUGGGGCGCCUGGCCCAGGCCUACCACUCUCUGAGGAAACGGGAAACACGGCGGGUUUUCCUGACUCCCAGGCUGAACCUGCAGUUCUACUACAUCCCGGUGGUGGCAGGGCAGCCAAACACCUUGGCUGUUGUGGACCACCCUUCCAGCAGCCACGAGGAGCUCUGUGAGGUGGCCAGGUACCUGGGCAGGGCCGACCCGUGGUACGAGAGCAACAUCAACACCCUGUGCCACGUGAUUCCCAAGCUGGCCACCAUGCCUCCCUCGCCAAGCAAACACCUCGUGACCGAUCUGUUCAUCACAGACGUCAUCGCUUACUACGUCCGCAUGGGCCUCCAGCCCGUCUGCUUCCAGGUCUAUGCUGUGAAGAUUUUCUUCAACGACCCGGCACAGGAGCCGGCUGAGGACGUGUUCCUCACGGAGCUCUGCACCCAGGGGCAGGACAGCAUCUCCCACAGAGAGUUAAGCAUGACCAAGAAGAAAACAACCCUGGAUGGCCCUGGCAUAGAUCUCACAGUAACAUACAGAAAGGUCGUGGUGAGUGAGCGGGAGAAGGAGCUGGACAUGUCCCUGCGCUCCACAGGUCUGGUGAUGAAAGCCAUCCCUUCUCAGGAGGCUGAAGACCUCGUGUGUCUGAAUGUGACCAUCACUGAAAUCAUCAGGACCAGCAACUUGUCAGGACGGUCGUUCUCAGCUGUGGCAAACAGGUUGAAAACACGAAAUAUCACGAUCAGGAGCACAGAGCAGAGACCCUUCACGGUGCGUCUGGAUAAGGACAGCAGAAGAACCUACAGGAAUGUGAUCAGCCUGGAAGUGUCUCCUUGCCUAGAGCCCAGCUACUGCUUGCAAAAGACAAGGACCAUGAAAUUCAGCCUUCACGAAACAGGAGACGUGGGGCUUGUGAAAUACAUGCCCAAGUCUCUGCUCCUGCCCAUCAACACGUUUGCAGGCGUCACGCAGUGAAGAAAACGAGAGAAAGCUGCUGUGGGAGAUGUGACAUUGGGGCAUCACAGAGGACAUGGAAAAAGAAAACACACUAAAAGGCACCAAUGGUGAUUUUACAAUGGUAAUGAUGGGAAAAGCUGCGAGAGCAGGGGUGGAUAGGGCUCGGGGUGACAGCCAUGCCCUGCUGGGUGACAGUGUGACCAUGGCUAACAGCCCCCUGCCAAGGGGCAGAGUCUUGCUGCAGAACUGAGUUUUAACCUUUUGCACAAGUCAGGGGAAACCUCUGAGCUUCUUCAUUUCAGGAAGACUGGGUAGAAAACCUGGCUGAGGUGGUGGUGCUUGCUGUGCUGUGCAUCCCAGGGCAGUUGCUGGCAGUAAUAUUUAUUGUGGUGAUGUCUCACAGCCCAGCACGGGAUCAGGGCCUGACUGCCGGGGUCUGCACAGCAAACUCUUCAUUCUGGCACAGGGUGAUGUAUUUGGGCAAACCAAAUUCCCUGCCUGAUUUAGGGAAGCCUGGCCACAAUGUGUGUUCAAUGAGGCUUCUCUGGAAGUCAGUGGAAAACCUCCUGUUGUUUCAAAGGGCUACAUGGGAUAACAAUGAAUGGGGGACAUGGGAAAUCUGCUGCCAUAUUUGGCAGUGAGGAACAGGGCAAGAACUGCUUGUGCUGCCCAGGAAGUGCUGUGGGAUAUGCUUGGCUCUGCUCGAAGCAGAGACCUUCACUGAGCAGAUAUGGAGGCUGCACAGGAGCUCUUGGACAUCUGAGCUGCAACUUGGAGUCCACCUGGGAUUUCACUGUGGUUUCACUAUACACCCUCUCUGCAUCUUGUCUGGAACCUCACGAGUGCUGGGUGCGUUCCUCCAGUUGUACAUCCUGGGAACAACCUCCUACAGUCCCAGCAGGACUGGACCUCUCCCAUGAGGUCAGCCAGCAAUGUCUCAGUGUUCCAGCCUGCCUUGCAGUCCUGGUUUGGUCUGUGCCUGCUGCAUUGUGCAGAGGAGUGCUCCUGGGAUUGAUGGAUGGGCAGGAUGCCUGAAAGACUUCUUUGUUCCUUUCUCUUGCUGCUCCCAUGGUGUGGAAACCCUUCCCUGGUUUGCAGCUGGGCCAGGCUGAGCAGGGACAGCACAGCUCCUGCUUCCACCAGAAGUUGUGGAGUGAGUCAGAGUGACCCAGUGUUCAGGAUGAUCCAGGAGGAGGACCUUGUCUUCAUUCCAGUUUUUGGCUGAGUGAAAUAAUGGAUGCAAUACCGUGUGUGUUUAUUGACUUUCUGAAUGUGAUCUGUGGUUUCUGGAGUCCAGGGAGUCCCCCAUAAAUUCACAUUGGAGGAAUUUUGGGACAUUCCUUCUAUGACACUAUCAUUUCUUUAUUCUCUUGGCUCCCAAAAACUCAUUACCUGGGCUGCCUUCACUCAGGGGUGCUUGCUUGGAUCACCAGCCCAAAGAAAGUGUGAAAGUGUCCUUUAGCUUUGUAGGUGUACAUAACAGCUCUCCCCAGUCAUCUCUGGCUGACACUGCUGGGGAAUCCCUGGAGCCAGCUCCAUGCUCCAGGGUGAUGCCAACCAGCUGCAGUGACACUGGCAAAUCCUUAUUUAGCCCCAACAGAUGGAACAAAUCCACCCCUCUGGCCUGUCUGUGCCAGGUCUGCCCAGCCGGAGCUGCACCUCUGGAAAGUCACUUCUGUUUAACCACCCACACCUGGAACAAGGAGCCCACCUCCAGAUAUCCCAGUCUGGGGGACUGGAGAGGAGUUUCCCUUCAGCAGAACUGCUCUCAGCUUGUGGGUUGUCUUGGCUGGUUAGGCCCCAUGGAAAUCUUACCUCUAUUUCUUACCACAUGCAUCAGGGUUUAGGGGUUCAACCCUCCCUGGUCCCUCUCUGUGCCAGCAAGCACAGGGCAGCUGUGUUCCCUCUCCUGUCACCUGGCACAGCAGGCAUUGCCCUUUCCUGUUCCCAAGCUAAAGGUUGAUUUGCUCUCACUUUGGGUGUGUCAUGUCACCCAAAACAACUGCUGAAACACACUCCUGGGGGCACAAGCAGCUCCAGAGCUGUCAGCAGGUGACAGGUUAUUUAGCAGUUUAAAAAGCCACCAGGUCCCAAGAAAUAUUUAAUCCUGAACCUGCACAGUUGGAAGAUCACACUGGGCAACAGCAGCAUGACCAUUUCCAAAGGAAGCUACCUUGGAAUGCUGGCAGAUGUAGCCCCUUGCUCCUGGCAGAGCCAAGCACAGUCCUCAAGCCUUAAUGUCCCCCACAGGAGUGACAAGGCUGCAAGGUCUCAGCCACAGCAUCUGGUCCUUCAGUACUGUUUUUCACCUCAUAAAUCAAAAAUUGUUGAUGUUCACCUGUGCCAGACUUAGGCAGGAAACGUUCUGGUCCUGAAGGAAGCUGAAGGUAGACAGGAGGCUCACAAACAAGUCAGGAACAGCCUGCUUGCACCAGCUGUUCUCCUGUGUGAGCUGGGAUAAUAUGGGGUUUAAGGAGUGACCAGUGGCUCUGCACACAUUUGCCUCUUUGGGGCUUCACUGGGGGUUUUGUGCACCCCAGCACACAAGGAAAAUGCUUAAAAAGCCACAAGACUGUGAGUUGGGUUGGAGUGUGGUCUGUGGCAUCCAGAGUUUACUCUGUACAGUUGUAAAUUAUGUACAUGGAGUAUAAAUUAUUUGUAUAUAUAUGAAUGAUCUGUAUCAGAA